AUGGGUACCCUAAGAGGUAUCAGUGAUGCAUGGGAGGUCUACGAAAGGGAAACCUCCAGCAGCAGCACUUGUGAUGCAGGCCAGAAUGCCUGUACUCAGGAGGAACUCGGACUUAAACACCUGCUGUUACUGAGGGAUGCGUUUACCCGUCACACAACCUCAGACAGGGGGUCCCGGCGGAGUUGUAGAGGUGCACAGAAAAAGGGAGGAGGAGAAAGAGGGAUGAGUCUGGAGGAGUUCCAGAAUGCUCUGAGUGCUGUGAUUGGUCCAGACAGCCAGAGCGGGUGGCUGGAGAGGGUCUUCAAUGAGAUUGACGUGUCAUGUGAUGGCUAUGUGGAGUGGGAGGACCUGUGUAGCUACCUGCUGCAGCAGUGCAGAGAGAGAGACCACACCUCAAGGCCAAGAGGCGCUCUACUAGACACUGAACCACUCAUCAAACACUGCUCACACAACAAGCAGGAGCCCACUAUCUGUGUAGUGGCUGUUCCCCAUCCUCCCCCCCUCCGCUACAUCAGUGUCAGUAAGAGGGGGCUGCUCACUGUGUGGAACAACCGACUACAAGUCCUCAAGACUCUGGAGCUGGCUGGAGACCCUGCAGAGCAAGGGGUUAACAGAAGGAUGUUCAGGGGCUGGACCACUGAUGCUGUCUACCUGCCCAAAGUCCACAAGGUUGCCAUAGCAACCAGCAGCAGGGACCUCCACUUUGUUGACGUGUCCACGGCCAGCUGCUUUGAGGACAUCCACUUGUUUGGGUUCCCCAAUGUUCCAACCUCUCUCUGCUACUGGCAUGACAUAAAGUCUCCAGGGGGGCGCUCUUUGCUGCUGUGGGGAGAUGAAAAGGGAGGGAUCCAUCUGUUGUGGUUCCUCCAACUCCAAAAUGGACUGUUUGAGAGCCCCUUCACUGAGGACAAUGUCCCUCAGAGGAUUUACAUGCAGGAUAUUGGUGACCACAGCCGCCUAGUCUCCUACCAACAUAUCCCCACAGUCCACCAGGAACCAAUCAACAGGAUCAUUUUCGAGCCCCACACUGACCUCAUCAUGACAUCAUCAGGAAGCGACGCCUCCUCAGUAGUCAUCAUGCAUGUGUCACUCAGGAGAAAACCCUAUGUUUGGAGAAUCAAUAAGGGUGUGACGUGCUUUGAUUUCAGCAGGUCUCUCAACCUAUUGGUGACGGGUGGUCUGGACCCUGCGGUCAAACUGUGGAACUGCUUCAUGACCGCUCGGCCAGUCGCGGUCCUACACGGUCACGGCACCACAGUACUGGACGUGGUCAUCUACCAACCACUGGGACAGGUCCUCAGCUACUCCAAAGAUGCUGAGCUGAGGGUGUGGGACAUCUCCUCCAAUGGCUGUCUGAGGACCGUCCACCUGCAGUUCCCCUGUCUGCAGCCAGGGCGCGCCCCAGAGCACGGCAACUUCCCUUUCCUCUUGGUGGCCCCGCCCUUCCUGUCGCAGACUCCGCCCCAUAUCCUGGUGUCCUGUCGAGACUACCUGGCCAGGCUGAGUCUGGAGAAAGGGGGGAGGGGGGAGGAGCAGGGAGGAGGGGGAAGACAAUGCCAUGGUGCCCCCCUCUCCUGUGCUCUCUACAACCCCACACUGAAACAGGUAAUCGCCGGAUGUGAUGACUCGUCUGUAUCAGUGUGGGACGUAGAAACAGGGAGGCUGCGUCUGAAGAUCACCAGCGCUCAUGGAGAGGAGGAGAUUACCUGCAUGGCGCUAGACUCCUCCCACAGACGACUCAUCACUGGAGCACGCAACGGAACCAUCAAGGUGUGGAACCUAGUGAAUGGCCUCAACCUACACAAGCUAGAGCCUGUCACCCUCUCAGAGGUCACAGGGGUCAUCUGUCUCCAUGACAACCAGUUGCUGGCCGUGGGGUGGAGCCAGCAGGUCGCUCAGUAUGACAUCAAAGGGGCUAAGGAUGUGUUUGUAAGGGCAGACAUGUCAUGGAAGUCAGGUCAGCAACACAGAGCUGACAUCCUGGUGGUUGACCACUGCCCUGCCCUGGGGGUCAUUGCUACGGGCAGCCAUGAUGGAGAGGUCAUCGUCUGGACUUUGGACACACAGAGACCCCUGGUUCGCCUGCGGAGGGCCACUCACUCACUGACAACACCACCUGUGGACGCAUUGCUGUUCCUGCAGCGGAGGGGUGGGGAAAAACACUGGAGAAACACACCUAUCCUCCUCUCCUCACAGGCUGGAGGGAUCUACUGGUGGAGCAUCACUGGACACACACACACUCAUGGUCAGUUCUAUGCCCCUGGUGGAGAGAAAGAGUGUGUGUUGGGGCUGACUUCAGACCAGGAGAACAACAUCCUGGUCACUGGAGACACAGCAGGGUGUGUUCAGGUCUGGGACAUCUCUCAGUACGCGCUAUGCAUCACACAGGAGCCCUCCCCAAGCCACCCUCCUCUCCUGCAGUCCUGGAGGGCCCAUGAGGGGGCGAUAGUGAGUGUUGAAGUGCUGGUGUACACAGAGAGACUCUUCUUCCUCUCUGGCUCUGUGGAUGGGACCAGCAGAGUGUGGACGGGGGAGGGAGGGCAUGUAGGUUCCUUUGGACAGGAACCACAGUGGAGCCUCGCUGACCCAGCCCCUCACCACACCUCCAGAGACCAGGUAAACAACCUGGCUGAGGAGGAGAAGGAAGAAAGGGAGAAGAAGAUUGAGAGUGAAAGUGACCCAUCACAGAGCAGCGAGGUCACAGGUCAAACAUCUGACCUUUUCAGCGGGGGUCCGGGUUCACCGGAGGAAUGGAUUUAUGAAGGGCCUGUAGAGGAAGCCCCAACACCAGAGAACCAGACAGAACCUGUCAGCACAGAGGAGAGCCCUGCUCCAAGUCAUGCUCAACACAUCAGGCUGUAUGGGGGCAUCCAGAGGAAGAUGGCAGUUAGGAGAGAGAGGAGGCAGGUAUUUGGUGACAUCAACGUCAAUAAGCUCUUCCCCAUCGGGGGCUUGUGCACGCCCUUCCAGGCCCUGGCCGUGCAGGACUGUCAGCAGGUGUUCCUGCCGGAGGAUUUACCCAUGAGCCCUUGGAUGCAGCGUCAGACUCUGAGUUGUGUGAGUGAAGCAGGGCUUAGCUCCCUACAGCUGUCAAUCAACAGCAGCUCAGAGCAAGAACAGGAAGCCACCUGA